GUUCAAUGAGCUGCUCCAAACCAUAAGCCGUUCGUACAUCCGGUUCGAUGUUCUAUGAAAAGGAGUCAGCAGAUUUGCAUAAAUCGAUACUUUCAGGACGUUGCAGAAUCGUCCGCAGUACAAAGCAUCGUUUCCGAGGAUCAGACAUCUGUCAGACAUCGACGUAAUUUAUUCGCACGAACUGAACAGCUUGUCGUUCACCUUUGUCGAGACACUUUUGAGGAUCAUCGAUCAAAAUAACAUCGACUGUGAGGUAUGUGACGAAAGCCAUGAGGAAUCUCGCCACGCACAAUUCAUGAAACAGCACGUCGGCUUCAAGAAGUUUCAGGUAAGUUCAGCGAAUUCAAGCUUCGGUUCGAAACGCCUGCAUUAUUUAAAGGAGGUCAUUGAAACAAUGACCGUCGUAUUUCAAGAACGACAUGCGAAUGACCCUGAACUAUGUGACGCCUGGAAAGCACUGCUGACUGUGUCGUCUAAAACGUUGUUUGACACCUUAGCGCAAACGCAGCUGAGCUUUGAUUCUACUAAGUACUUAUGA